AUGUCCAGCUUGUCUGACCUACUAAGACAAAUUCACUCAACACUCACUACUUCUACUCCCCCUCUCCAAGAAACCCUCAACUCGAUAGAUUCUUUCGCUUCUACGCUCUCUCCACAUUCCAACCCACCUCUCGAGCGUGAUCGUCAUGAUCGCCUAUGCAACGAGCUGACAUCAAUUUAUAAAAACAUUCACGAUUCAACAGACAAGACAUUACCAUUCUUUCAAAUCCUGCAUGCUCUGCUUCCCAUUCUCACUCCUGAUACGAUAAUCACGAAAUGGUGGGAUAAUGUUCUGGGUCCAAUAUUGAAAUCUCAACAGCAGACAAAGGAUAUUGUCGAGGAAACCAAAAAGAUUGUUGUAGACACUAUGACUGGCGAAGGAACAAAAGUGGGCAAAUUUGUCGAGUGCAUCACGGAGAGGUAUCUUGAAGAGAGUGCAAUGGAAGGCAAUGCUGUUGGGGAAGAUGAUGAUAGUGGUGGAGAAAAAAGGGAAGAGAGCAGAAGGUUCUGGUUUAGGAAUUUGGAAAGUCUUUUGAAAGGAUAUGGGAGUGUUAGAACAAAGGACUUUUUUAUACUCUUGAACAAAUACUUUCUGGAGAAAAAGACUCGCCUUCAAGUGUUGACACUUCUCGGGAUAUUUAUAAGACAGCAGGCUAUCAACAUUCAUAAAAUUCUCGAAACGUCUUUACUCGAAUCGAUUCUAACUUCUCUCCAGGUAUUUGAAAAAUUACUCGCACUGAUCGUAUUUGUAAGAAUACUUUGUUGGGAUAAACUGACACGGCAUGUCGACAUCGACUUUGGGAAUGAUGAUGUAUAUGAUGACGGAGAUCAACUUGGAAGGUUAGAUUACAGAACCGACGAUGAAGAAAGUUUGAAUUCGGAAAGAAAUCGUGAUAACAUUGAUUGGCAGAGGUUUGAUUCAAGUUUCGAUACUGCUCCUUCAACCCCACCGAAUUGUCUACCAUUAUUCACGUUUCUGUAUGGAAUGUUUCCAUGCAAUACCAUAAAGUUUCUACGAAAUCCAAGAAAAUGGUUUGCAGAGAUGAAUUACACGCCACUAUAUGAACAGAUUGAUGAAAACAUAAUUCGAUCGCGCAGUUUGUCACUUUUCCGCCGUCAUACAAUCCACCCGAAACUCAUUCUCAACGAUUCUGAACGAGAACUCUCUGAUACUUCUCGCUGGAAGAAACUAGAACCCGCCGAGGUAGUGGCCGAGUGCGUUAGCUAUGAUAUCGAAAACACACGCGGAAUGAUAAGAAAAAUUACUGGAAUUGACGGCAAAAAAGAUGAUAGCGAGGAUGAUGAAAGUGAAGCAGAUGGUAAUAAAGUGAGAAAAUUGUCGCAGGCGAUAUCGAUGCAGGAUAUUAUUGGAAUCCAUCAAGCUUUAAAGAGUGGUGCUGACAUUGUUGUUGGCGAUGAUCCAUGGUCAUCAACGAUUUUCGCCCCUCUUGUUCCACCCUAUGAAACGCUUCCACUUUCUCCUCCCUUGCGUCCAUCGACAAACACACAAGCCAAAAUAUCCUUCCUGCAACGCGAAAUAAUGCUCCUCCGCAACGAACUCAACUUUGAACUCUAUCUCAAACAACAGCAUCUCCAACACAUUGGUAGACUGCAUCACGAUCAUGUCGUUGAUGCGAGCGUCGAAGCAGAGCGACAGAACUUGCACCGUUCAUGCAAGAUGCUAAAGAAUCAAGUAAAAGUAACACAGGAUGCGUUGGAUAAGCAGAGAAGCGAGAUGCAAAGUUCGCGGAAGAAACAAGUAGAAUGGGAGAACGAGCUAAAUGCAAGGAUAAAAAAGUAUAGAGAAGAAAGGAAAGAUUGGGAGAACAAGGUGAAAACUUUUCAGAAUCAGCUGAACGAUGCAAAGACUGUGAAUAAACUAACGAGGAAAGAGCUGGAUGAGGCGCGGGAUAGGGUUUUUUCUCUUGAGAAUCAACUGGAAACUCGUGAAGCCCAGCUUACCAAACUGUCCGAGUAUGAAAGUCAAAUAGACCAACUAGCGGAGAAGCUACUAAACUGGCAAGACAAGUCAAAGGAAUUCCAAGAACGAGAGCGUGAAAUAGAAAGGCUAGUCGCUCAAGCAAAAAAGAUGGAAGUCGCUAGUGAGACUAACGAGCAAGUAACGCGUCAAUUAAACGAGACGAUCAGUAUUCAAUCGCAAACAAUUGAUGAUCUUAAAGCUAAGCUGCAGCAUCAAAGGACUAUCAACCAGCAGGAGGAGAGGCAGGGUUUAUUGGCCAUUGAACGAGAAACACGUGCUAAGGAAUACGAGAAAGUAUCACAAUCAUACGACUUGGCUCGAAAACGCAACGAAGAACUCGAGGCUACAGUGCUGGAGUUGAAGGCCAAGAUUGAGAUGAUGAGUAAACCACCACCGCCUCGACCGCCUGAAGACGAAUAA